AAUUUUUUUUUUAGGUUUUAGAGUAUAAUUUUGAAGAGAAAUAUGUUGUACUUUCAUUUUUUCGUGAUUGAUAGUAACAGUUAGGGUUUUUAUUUUCUGCAGGAAUGUCCAGUAAAUUAUUUACCCUUAGACUUAAUUAUGGAGGGAACUUCUCAAAUAUGGAUUUUGAAUAUGUUGGAGGGAUGGUCUCAAUGGUAGCAGAUGUGGAUCCUGAUCUUAUGUCAUACUUUGAGAUGCUUGGCAUCAUCAAAGAACUUCAAUUAUCAGCUACUACAGUUAUUUGGUACAACUUGCCUAAUGAAAAUGGAUUGAACCUGUUGGAUAGUGACAGUGGUGUUCUUCAGAUGUUCAAGAAAUAUAGUGAUGUAAAGGUGUUUCAGGUUGAUCUGUUCCUACAAGAUGUUGAUAUUGAUAUAUCAUGUGAUGUAAUGUCAUCUCAUGAAGCUAAUGCAGAGAUGGGUAUGGGUGUUGGUGCAGAGGUUGAUAUCGGGGCUGAUGCAGAGGUGGAUAUGGGGAUUGAUGCAGAUGAAGAUGAAAGUGACCCUAGUUAUGUAGCCGACAAUGAGUCUGAGUCUGGAUCUGACUUUGACUUUUUUGCUGAAGGAGAUACAAUGAGUGAGAGUUUCCAUCCUUUAGGAACUGAUUAUAUAGGAGAUGAUGGAGAGGAAAUCAGUCAACCAUUUGAUCCAGAAAUUAAUCUUGAGCAAGCAUUUGAUGCUUCAGAAGAUGCCAUACAAAGUGAUCCUGAAGUUUUAUCUGAGCCUAAUGAGUCUGAUGAAGAGUCCAAGGGUAGGAAGUUUCCGGAGUUUGAGGAGGAAAAUAGCCUAAAAGAACCACUUCUUGAGGUAGGUCUUGUGUUCUGCAAUAUUGCAGCUUAUAGAAAGGCCUUGAGACAAUUUUCUGUUCUUAGAGGAAUUGAUCUCAUAUAUGACAAAAAUGAAACAAAAAGAGUUACUGCACAAUGUAAAAAUAAAUGUGGGUGGAGGAUUCAUGCUAGUGUAAUGGGUACUUCAACUGCGUUUCAGAUCAAGAGCUUUAAGGGUGAGCCUCACAGAUGUCCAAGAAGUUUUACUAAUAAGAGCGCAAACUCUUCAUACCUUGCUGACAGAUACAUUGAUACUUUUAUGGAAACUCCCACUUUGCCGGUAGAUUCCUUCAAGAAGUUAGUGAGAAGAGAGGUCAAAGUGUAUGCACACAGACAAAAGUUGUACAGAGCCAAAAAGAAAGCCAUUGAAAAAAUCCAAGGUAAUGUUCAUGAGCAAUACUCCAGAAUUAGACACUAUUGUUAUGAAAUUUUAAAAACUAAUCCUGGUUCAACUGCUAUUGUGAGGACUGAGGGGCCUCCACUCUACAGAAUUCCUCGAUUCUAAAGGUUUUUUGUACUCUAUGAUGCACAAAAGAACGGUUUCUUAGAAGGAUGUAGACCUCACAUAGGAUUGGAUGCGUGCUUUUUAAAGGGACCAUUUGGAGGACAAUUGAUGGCUGCCAUUGCUCGAGAUGGGAACAAUCAAAUGUUUCCUUUGGCAAUAGCAGUGGUAGAGAGUGAGUGCAAAGAAAGCUGGGGUUGGUUUCUGAAUUUGCUGGUUUCUGCAUUUGGGAACAAUGAUAUAACAACGUGCACCUUCAUAUCCGACAGACAAAAAGGACUUGUUGAAAGCUUCAAUACAAUUUUGCCACACACUGAACAUAGGUUUUGUGUGAGGCAUUUGUAUGCUAACUUCAAACUAAGGUUCAAAGAUAAAAUUUUGAAAGAUCUGAUGUGGAGUGCAGCUAGAGCUUACUUGGAGAAUGGAUACAAUGAAAAAAUGGAUGAAAUCAAGGCAAUUUCAAAGGAAGCAUAUGAAUGGCUGAAAAACAUAUCUCCUCAGCUAUGGUGCAAGCAUAUGAUGUCAGGUAGAUCUAAAUGUGAUUUGUUAUGCAAUAACUUAUGUGAGUCAUUUAACAAUUACAUUAAAGAGGCUAGAGACAUGCCAAUUUUAACAAUGUUGGAGGCUUUGAGAAGACAAUUUAUGUGUAGAAUCCAUACUAAGAGGUUGUUGGUUGAGAAGUGUAGUGGGAAAUUAUGUCCAAGAAUUCAAGAUAAAGUUAAUAUGAUCAAAGACAAGGCACUGGAUUUUGAGUGUCAUGUUUCUGCAAAUGGAAAAUGGGAAGUCACUAUGGGAAACAAGGGUUGGGAUGUGGACUUGAACAGACAAACUUGCAGUUGCAAAGAAUGGGAGUUGACUGGAAUACCGUGUAUGCAUGCUACUUGUGCAAUUCUGAUGGAGCAUAAGGAGCCAGAAGAUUUUGUAAGCCGUUACUAUUCAUUGGACAUGUAUAAGAGGGCCUAUAGUUUCACAAUAAAUCGAGUACCAGACCAUUCGCAAUGGGUAACGGAUGCAAGUAACGAGCAACCAAUCAUGCCUCCUCCGUUUAAAAAACAACCAGGUCGACCUAAGAAGUUGAGGAAGAAAGGUCCAGAUGAGAUAAGUGUGGGUGGAAAAUUAACAAGAAAUGGCAUCACACAAACAUGUUCUAAUUGUGGAGAUACUACACACAACAAAAGAAGGUGCAAGAAGCCACCACCACCUGUCAACAAUCAAAAAACAAGGAAAAGAAAGGUAAGAAAUAUUUGAUUUGUUAUAUCUCUUGGUUUUUAUUUCAAUUAUAAUUAAUAUAUGUUAUUUCACUUGUAGGCAACUAAAAAUCUGGAAGGCAGUGCUCCAUCAACACAAGCAUCAACACAAGCUCCCAUGGUUGCAGCAAGAUCAAAAGGUGAAAAAAGUAGACGCCUUGGAUAUGGAAACUGGAAUGGGGUUGGGCUGAUGCAAAAUGGUUUGAAGCCUCCACAACAUAAUACAUUUAGUCUUCCACAACAGAAUUCACACAAACAUGAUGCAACUACAAGCACGUCAGUGAGGAAUGAUGCUAGGGCAAAGAAGUCAAUGAGAGGAUCACACAGCAACACUAGUGGUAAAGAUGGAGAUAUACAGGUACAUGAUUAAGCAAAUGAUGUAAUUGCAAUUUAGUUAUACAAGAACUUCCAUUUACAUUUUAUUUUCUCAGAUACGAGUACAACACUCAAGAUUUGGAUCUGUUUUAUUCUCAAGUCAACAAUCAAGAUCAAACAAGUUCAGUUGCACUGCAGAUAAUGGGGAAUUUUGACUUUCUAUUACUUCACUUUUGGUAAAGAAGUUUUUUUUUGGGUUGAUUUUGAUGGGCUGGUACUUAAAAUAGAUUUAUUUUGUUGUGCUUUUGAUGAACAUACUUUAUUGUUCUUUUGAUUACAAUGUAUGUUUUUGUCUAUUCUGUUGGUUUUGGUGGAUUAAAUAGAUGUAGCAGUGAUGAUCAGUACUUUUGUGUUUUUAGUGGAUUAAUUAAUAUUGCAAUUGUUAUUUCAA